UUUAUCAGCAGGUGGAUCCCCAACAACGACUUUUUAAUUAAAUAAUAAUGAAAAAAAAAUCAAUUAAAUAAAGAAAGCUGAAUUUAUGUUUCCAAAUUGAUUAUAUUGUUGCUUUAUUAAUAUUUUGUUGACAUGAAGUGAAACAUUACAUCAGCUCUUCUGGCCAUUCACAACAACCUCUAUGUCUGUGCAACGACAAAAAAAAAAAUAAAUAAAUAAAGGGGGAAAAGAAAAACAAUAUUUCUUUAAACGUGUCUUUGGCAGUGUUUAACUUACCAUAUGGCAAAGUAGAACUAUAAUUGACUUCCCAUAUAGCAAGCCUAUAUGUUAAUGGUAGACACAUGGAGAGGAGAGUGUGUGUGUGCGUGCGUGCGUGCGUGCGUGUGUGUGUGUGUGUGUGUGUGUGUGUGUGUGUGUGGUUGAGGAGGAGGGUGUGGGGGGGUUCAUAACAUUAGCCAGUGUCUCUUUAAAAAAAAAUCCAACUUUCUUGUUGUAUUCUGGAAUGAGGUCAGACACGAGGCUCCUCAUUGCACGCGCUGAUUAUUAUUAGAUUCCAUUUUCGGCCAAUCGGCGCCGAGGUGGGCGCGGCCAGGUCGCCGAGGCAGGCUAGCGACAGCGUCUGAUUGGUGGAUUUUUAUCGCCGUUGUAUCGGGGGAAAGGAAUAAAUACAGGCAAAAGGCGGGGGGGCGUGAGUCUGAAGGGGUGCUUGAGACGCGACAGUAAAGACUCGCAGAUGGGAGGCGGGCAGUGUAACUAACGCUCCAGCUUCUCCUUUUUUUUUCACCCUAGCAUGAACGGCUUUUAAUUCCUGGAGUGGAGACAGAGCAGCAGAAGCACUUACUUUCCCCCCCCUCUCAACACACUGUAGCUAUUUGGGGGGCCAGUGUGGCACUCAGUCCCCGCUCUGCAGCUGUGUCAGAAACUUUCAGUCAUCACACAAGAGGAAAAGACUAAGAGAAAGCGAUUACAGCUAUUUUAACACCAAUCCAAGCUGGAAAUAAAACUUUUUUUUAUGCAUCUGGCCUGUUUAGGCAACUUUUGGACUGUUCCUGCGCAUCUCAGGAGUGACUGCACUGCUCGGCUCAGACUGUCAGAGUGGGAGCAGGAGGGGAGAAGAAGAAGAAAAAAAGAGCUGAGCUUGCUUUAAAAGUGAACCAGAGGAGAGAGGGAGAGAAAGAGCAGGUCAGACCGCUCCUCUCCCUCUGCGCGUAUAAAGUGGACAGCAUGGUGCAGAGAAUGAGCCACACGGAGAGCACCGCCGAGGCGCUUUCCUUCUUCGCCGGGGACUCGAGCUCCGACUCCGGGGCGUGCAUGGAUCUGGACCCGGCCGCGUCGCCGCUCUCCACAGCCUCCUCCACCGCCGGCGACAAGCUGGGAGACAACCCGGCGUGGUGCAAGACCCCCAGCGGCCACAUCAAGCGACCCAUGAACGCCUUCAUGGUGUGGUCCCAGAUCGAGAGGCGGAAGAUCAUGGAGCAGUCCCCCGACAUGCACAACGCGGAGAUCUCCAAGCGGCUGGGCAAGCGCUGGAAGCUGCUCCGGGACAGCGACAAGAUCCCCUUCAUCCGAGAGGCGGAGCGGCUCCGGCUCAAGCACAUGGCGGACUACCCCGACUACAAGUACCGGCCGAGAAAGAAGGUCAAAUCCAGCGCCUCCAAGCCAGGCGCCGGAGACAGGGGGGAGAAAGUUAGCAGCAGCUCCAGCAACAACACCAGCACCAAGUCCUCGUCCUCGAGGAAGAGCGGAUCCAAAUCACCCAGCAGCAGCAGCAGCAGCAAACCCCAGAAAUCACUCUUCGGGACCACCAGCAGCAGCACGAGUAGCACCAAAGCAUCACUGUUCGCCUCGGAAGGGGAGCUCCAUCACAACUCCCUCUACAAGUCCAAGUCCCUGUCCUCAGCAGCCAGGCACAUACCGGAGGGCAAGAAGCCCAAGCGGGUGUACGUGUUCGGGAGCAGCGCGGCCAGCCUGAGCGUCAGCCCCACGUCCUCCGUCGUGGUUCCGGCCAGCCCGACGCUCAGCAGCUCGGCGGACUCCAGCGACCCGCUCAGCCUGUACGAGGACGCGGCCGGCGGCAGGGAGGAAGGCAGAGACUCCCCCGGCAGCAGCGGCAGCUUCGGCGGCCACAGCGGCGGCGGCAGCAGCAGCCGGCGGGCUUCCUCCCCGACUCCCUCCGGCUCUCACUCCUCCGUGUCGUCCUGCUCCUCCUCCUCCUCUUCGUCGUCUUCCUCGGAGGACGAGGAGUUCGAGGACGACCUGCUCGACGUGAACCCGAGCCCCGGCGCUGCCAGCGGCAUGGCGCUGGGGGGCUUCGGCUCCUCCUCCUCCUCGGUGCUGGACAGAGACUGGGACCUGAACGGUGAGUCUAUUUCCGGGGGGUCCCACUUCGAGUUCCCCGACUACUGCACGCCUGAAGUCAGCGAGAUGAUCUCCGGGGACUGGCUGGAGUCCACCAUCUCUAACCUGGUGUUCACAUACUGACAGAAACCACUUCACACAUCCGCACAGACGCGCCGCGCGGCUGUAAACAGAACCAGGGGGGUCAGUUUGUGUUUCACAGCUGCAGCCAGCCUUCCUGUCCCUUCUUCUUUCAUAGCUGCAAACUCCUGGAAGUCUGUUUAUGUGUUGGACUUUUCUCUGGACGUGUGGACUGAAGCACUCGGUACAAACACAGCAAGUUGAGGAAGUGCAGAAACAAAAACAAGAGAGAAAAGAGAAGCUGCGUUUUCUGACUGCUCAGUCCUGGACUGGUUUCAACUGAGUAACUUUAACUGUGAUUGAUUUGCACGUUAUUGCGGUCCGCCGUACUUUUAAUCAAUGUUGAUGCUGACUUUUGAAGACAAAAGAAAGAGGGAGAGAAAAAAGGGACAUUUCACAACUUUCUACCACUAAAAAAAGGUACGGAACAGGACUGCCGUGCGUCAUUAAAAAAAAAAAAAAAAAAAGAAUUGUGCCAUCAGGAGGCUUUUUAAUUAAACCAAGGUGGGUUAAAUGUUUUUUUUAAAGUAUGUUUUUUUUCCCUCAAAAGCAAAAAAUACAUGUUUAAGCAUGAUAGCCCUACUCUGUUUCCUAUCUUGUGCUGAGAUUUUUCUGUGAGACUGUUUGAGCAGUUUAUAAUAGUGUUAGGGGUAUUUAAAUGGAUAGGUGGCGCUCGCUUUGACUCUUCUGUUUUUUUUUUUUUUUUUUUUUUUUAAGAAAAAAAGGACUGAAAUAAUCACCAGCUGUUGUAAAAUUUUUUGAAAACUUCAGGACUCAAAAAACGCAACUUCAAGUCUGUGCUGAACUCUUAUGUAUCAGGACCAAAAUCCUUCAACGUUCAUCAGAUCAUAGAGCUUAUAGAGUUUAAAAUAAAACAAAAGAAGAAAAAAAACAUUUUUUUCACCCUCAAAAAGCUUUGUUUUGUACAUGAUGCCAUUUUCUAUGGGAUGUUGUAUUUGUAUACUGGGACAGGCAUCUCUUUUUUUGUUUGUUUGUUUAUGUUCUUGUACACAAGAUCUAGUCCUGAUUUGAUUUCUUACAGUUUGUCAGUAUGUCUGUGUCUGCCACAUUUCCUUCUCAGGCGAAGGGCUAGAGUUUUUACAGAAAAAAAAAUACACAACUUUUGAUUUCCUUUUUUAUAUUUAAAUGUACACACUUUUUUGGACACUUAAAAAGAGAGGAAGCAGUUUGAUUAUUUUCUCAGUGUAUUUUUGUACAAAUCUAUAUAGAAAAAACAUGGGGUGGGGGGGAGACAACAAUCUGUGUGUGUAGCCUACUACUAACACAGCUGUGUUGGAUUUUCUUGUUUUUAAUACCCUGGCAGUGCUGGUUUUCAUGCUGCCUUCAAGUGCUCAUGUUAAACUCGUAUUCUUGCCUUUCGGAAGGCUUUUUGUACAAAGUAACAGCAGAACAGACUUCUUCCUUUUUUUUAAACACUCUGGUGCCUAUUGUCAGAUUUUUUUUAAAGUCAAAGGCACCUGACCACGUUUUUGAUGCUAACAAGGAGCUAAUAAGAAUCAGGUGUGUGAUCUGUGUUCAAGUUCACUUCAAAAAAAAAAACUUUUUGCAAAUCUUACCAGCAAUUACUAUUAAGACCACUUUGAUGUGCAACUCUUGAACAUCUGCAGCACAGACGUGUCAUCGUUGAGGUUAUUAGGGAUGUGAUUACGGUUUUUGCAGACAGCACUUGAAAGCAGCACCAGGUCUUUUUGUAUCAGCCUCCCCCCCCCCCUUUCAAGGUUUACAGUGCCAGACUGCAGGCUUCUUAAAGACACAGGAACACAUUAUUUUUUGAGAGGCUUGUUCCUGUGCACCAUUAAUAGCAUUACUGUCUUAAGCAGCCACUUGCUUUUUUAAAAUUAUUUUUUAUUUUUUGCAUUUCACGUCCAACGUCUUGACAAACAAUUAGAAGAUGAUUGUAGCUUUAAAUUGGACUUGUGUUUUUUUUUUUCAUGAACUGAUGUCACGUUUAUGUCGUCCACCCAACCACUGGGGUUGAGGGGGGGCUGUCAGUGCAGCAAGCAAACAGCAAAGAUGACAACAUCAAGCAUAUUCAAAUUUUUGACUUGGGUUGCGCAACACCUACUAGUGCGUUUCUCAUUGUAUUUGAAUAUAUAAUCUUUUCUACUUGUCAGCUAACUACUAGCUAAUAAUUGUUUUAGUAUCUUUAUGGCAUGGUGAAUAGCAUUUGUAUUUCAGAUUCAGGUUAUUAUUAGCUGUUGUGUUUUUCAAAAAAAUAAAAAAAUACAGUGGACAAAAAAAAAUAUGGAAAAACAUCAUAACAACGAACUUGAUCUUUGUAUAUUUGACUGUACCAUAAAGCAAAAAGAUUGUGUGUUUAUGUACGUUGUUGCUCUUGAGGACAGGCACUGUUUUAGAACUGCUAUCUUUUACACAUCCUUACUUACAUUUAAGGUGGUCAGUUCAGACUGUUUUUUUAUAUAUAGAUAUAUGAAAGCAUUUUUAAAUAUAUUAACUUUAUUUUUCAUCCAUCCUGUGCAAUAUGCUGUGUAGAAUUAUCAUUUAUUGUCUCUAAUCAUGUCAUAAACAAAGUAAAAAAAAAAACAUCUUUUUUUGUUGUUUUGGAAAGAGAUGAUGAGGAGGAGGGGGGGGGGGGGGGGGGGGGAUUCAUGCCAGCUAAAAUUGUGUCCAUUCACUGCCUGUCAGAUUGUUGAUACAAACUUGUGUACAGAACUUUUUUCAAGGAAGGAAAUAAAUAUCAGCUGGAACUGAAA